AUGACAUAUUAUGCGGGAAUAAGAGUGAUUUUGGUGCGCUGUGAAAAAUUAAAAAUGAUUUUCGUAAUUUUUAUGCUGAUAAAUACAGUAUGCGGAGAAGUUUAUUUAAACACAGUAAACCACAUGGAGUAUUAUAGGAACAGAACGCGGCCUUCGAAGGCUUUUAGUAGUUUUUCAACUAAUUAUUUCAAUCAGAACUCUAUAAAGAAUCCUGACAAGACAGAGAAGGUCCAAUGUGGGACAAGGACAGUGGAUUUUAAUCCAAGGAGGACAGGGAAGAUUGUAGGGGGCACUGAAACUCCUUACGGAGCCUUUCCUUGGCAGGUGGAGAUACAGAUGCUGAACGUGGAUAACCUAAACUUCGAGCACCACUGCGGGGGCGCUGUGAUCGCUGAACGUCUGGUGCUGUCGGCGGCCCACUGUUUUGACAAGCAACCGCUGCAACUCGACCACAUCCGGCUGGUGGUGGGCGAACACCGGCUGAAGUUCCAGGACAAGCACGAGAACCGGUUCUUGGCGGAGAAGGUGGUGCCGCACCCGGAUUUUAGGAAGAAUGGUCCCCACAGCAACGACAUAGCACUAGUGGUGGUAUCCCGAGCUGGAUCCGGGGUGCAGUUCAAUACCCACGUGCGGCCCAUAUGUCUGCCGGAGGAACGCGAUGCCAGCGCUGGGAGGUGGUGUGCUGUGAGUGGUUGGGGAUAUCAAGCAGAAAGCACAGAAUCCUUUGCACCAGUCUUGAGAGCGGCUUCAGUACCAGUGCUGGAUCUGGCCACUUGUAGGAAGAACCAAGUGCUGGGUGGAAGACAGCAAGCGAUAUUGGACUCUAUGAUCUGUGCUGGAGUCCUCUCAGGGGGUGUGGACGCUUGCCGAGGCGAUUCCGGCGGGCCUUUAGCCUGCAAGCCGUCUAACCGCUGGCAGUUACACGGCGUUGUAUCUUGGGGGUCUGGAUGUGCCCGGCGCGCGCGGCCUGGUGUUUAUACCAGGGUAGCGUCUUAUAUACGCUGGAUUAAAAGCACUGCUGCUGCUUUGGGCCAUAAGAUCGCCGCAUAGGAAUCAUUUGACCCUUGAAGAGACUUGAAGGGCAUCAUAUGGGGGCUGGAGUCGCCUA